UUGGAAACGGUGCUUUAGAUAUUUAUCUGUCAUAUAAUACGUAUUUAUAGUCUAAGUCUGUUAAUUAUUAUUUUUUCUAAGAUAAUAUUUGAUUUAUGUGUAUUUUAUAUGCAUAAAAUAAUAUAAUGGAGUUUUUAACAUUAACAUAUAUAUUUUCAUUUAUCUUAAUGAUAAAUGUUGUAUCAUCGGAAUUUUCAGCUGAUGAUUGUAAAACUUUAGGUUUUAAUAAAGCUAAUUUACUUUGUUCUACUUGUGAGGAAUUUAAUAAACAUGGUUUAACAGAAAUAUUGAGUAAUUGUAAAGAAUGUUGUUUGAAAGAUGAUGAUUAUGAUGCAUCUGGAUUGAAAAAAUAUCCACGUGCUAUUCUUGAAGUAUGCACAUGCAAAUUUGGUGCAUAUCCACAAAUCCAAGCUUUUAUAAAAAGUGAUCGACCUAGUAAAUACAAGAAUUUACAAAUAAAAUAUGUCAGAGGCUUAGAUCCAAUAAUUAAAUUAUUGGAUGCAGACAAUAAAGUUGAAGAUAUUCUGGAUAUACAUAAAUGGGAUACUGAUUCUGUUGAUGAGUUUUUAGCAACGCAUCUUUCUAUGGAUUAAUAUUAAUGCCUUAUAUUUUAAAUUUCAUUAAGUGUAAAUAACCAUGUUUCUAUCUAAUUUGUGUUCAAAAAGAUAUCUUUUCUUACUUGUAUUAUUUUUCUUCUUGUCUUAAGUAUAUUAACUCUCAUCAGUUUCACUCUUACAACUUAAUUUGUUUCUUGGUGUUAAAUUGACAUAGUGAUAAAAAAUUAAU